AGGCCAACCAAAUAGGUCGUUGAAACCGCGACUAGUACACUAGCAUGCCGCGCAACGCGCCGCGGGCCAAGGUGACGGUGCAAUCGCUGGGGCCGCACCACGACACCCUCUCGCCACCCCCCAAGCUCCCGGCCAUCUUCGGCCUCACGUACGUUCUCGGGUCGAUUGGUCUUGGCGGCUACUAUCUCUGGCUCCUCGCCCCGUCGUUCGCCAACGACUUGUGGUGGGCGUCGUACAACCUCAGCGGCCACCAAGCGCUGCUGAUCGACAUCGCCAACGCCGCGCUCGCGACCCAUGGCCAUGGCGUCCUCGACCUCCUCUCUGCGUCGAUGCCCAAGACAUACAACGUCACGCCGUCGUUCACGCGGGUCCACCCAACGUACGCACGGCGGCUCGUGCUCUCGGAGCGCACGUCGAUUGAAGACGCGAUUGCGGGGCUGCGGACGCUCAGUGCCUCCUGGAGCAUGCGCUUGAGCACGCAGCUGUGCUUUGUCGACUUUCAGCGGCGCUUCCACGUCGCCCACACCAGUGCGCGCCAAGCCCGGUGCGUGGCCAAGUACGCGGCGAACGGGGCCGUCUACUACGAGUCGAUGCUGCGCAAUCUCGAGUGGCACUUGUUUCAAAUCGCGUGGGGCAACUACUUCGAGAUCGGAAUCCAGUCCGGCUUGCUCGAGUCGGCGGAUGGCCGGCAGUGGCUCGACACCACGUCCACUGCGUUCAACGCGACAAGUAUUUCCGAGGAAAUCGCGUAUUGGAAAUCCAGUGGUCUCGAGCGGUUUGAACUGCAGUGGCAAAACCGGUGGACCACCGGCGUCUCGGAAACCAUGACGGUUGAGAAUGCCCUCGGGUGGCGGCAAGCCUACGCAGUGAAGAGCGUGCCCCGAGCGACGGGGCCGUGGACCACGCUCGUCAUGAACUGGCUGCCGUACAACGACCUCUGGGUGCUCGCGACGAUCAACCGCAGCGCGAUCGCCGGCACGUCCAACUAUUUCAACGCGAAUCUCUCGGCGAGUCGGCCCGCGAUCGACUUGCAGGCGUGGUCCGGGUUCCUCGCGCCCUCGGGUCCCUGCGAUGUGCUGCGUCUUGAGAUUGGCCCGAUGCCGAGCAUCGACAUGUAUUAUAUUGCACCGCCGACGUCGCUCGUGCAACUGUACCGUGGCUUCCACGCCGCGCUUCAAGGUGAGAUGACCGCAUCGGUAGCCCACGCGAUUGAGGCUCUCCCGAAUGUCGUCUUGCACCCGGUGCCGCCGUCGUGGGUGGCCCCCGGGCGGCUCUUUCACGGCGGCAACCCCACCUGCUACACCGGCACCGGCAAGCCCUUUGUGCAAGAGUCGUUCGAGUUUCAUGACGCGUGCGCGCAGAGCGUGCCGUUGGCGAUGACGUCGGAGGCAUUACCCCUUCUCUUUGCCGCGUACGCGUACCAGUUCGCAUCGGUGGCGGCACCCUGCGCCUUGCAGUCGUCGGCACAGUGUGCGACAGCGCUUGGGGCGGCCGCCUCGAUUGUCCAGUCGCUACCGCGCGACGAAAGCGUGGCGACUGUCAUCGCCGACGUGGUCCGCACCGAUGUUGGGUUGAUGCAAUUCGCGUCCGACGACGGCGUGUUCCAGCUGCUCCGACACGGACUCCUCGACGAAGGCGGAAGCGCUGGCUGGCCUUUCUUUGGGUGGCGUGCGCUCUACGACUGGGUGGAGGGCACGCGCGAGGUCGUCUCGUUCCAAGGCGAUGCGUCCACCGUGGUGCUGCUCUCGGCGGCGUACACUGGCGACCUCUACUCGACGAGUGGCGGCAGUCAAAACGUCCCACACGCAACCGAAGGCAUGUGGUACGUCGUGCUCUACACGUCGUGGAUGCUGCUUCUUGUCGCUGCGCUCUGCUGGUGGCGCGCGUUCGGGAUUCAGUUCCACGUCCGCAGUAUAAACCUAUAUCGGUUCAACCGCGUCGUGGGCGCGGUUUGGAUUGGCCGACCCUUGCUUCUUCUGCGGGGCGGUACGGCCUUGCUGCUGUUGAGCACUGCGCCGACCGAGAUGGUGCUUCAGCAUGGCUACACGUCGUUUGUGUCGUCGCCGCGCCCGUUCCUUGUCGCGGCCGUGCUGGCGGGCGAAGCCACGUGGAUGACAUAUGUCCUCAACGAUGUCCUUCUUUUGAUUGCGAGCAAGCUCGCGGCAGUCUACGCGCCCAUGAGCUGCGCGUUGGUGUGGCUCAUCUACGUUCUCCUCGAGCUCGCCGUGCCACUGCGCAUGACCGGCACGCUUGAUCGCACGUGCCAAGCGACCGAUGUCGACUUUGCCCUGAGCUGCGAAAGCGGCGCUGUCCGCAUCGGGUCGGUGGACCGCCUCGUCGUUCUACUAUGCAUUCAGCUCGGCGCAGUCGUCGUCGCAAUGGUAAUGUCGCUUGCCAACUAUAUGCGCUCGAGAAACAGGCGGUGCGACACGAAGAUUACGCCGGUGUUGCUGUCGCAAGCGCCGCUCGAGCUCUCGGGUGCCGCCGACUGCUUUCUCGUGACGCGCACGACAUCGGAUGCUAUGUGGUGCGUCGAUAAGGUCACGGCCAUCAUGUGCGGCCUGUAUGGCUACGCGCGGCUCGGGCGGGAAAAAACGUUUGACCUCAAACUGUGGGUGAUCCUGGACGAUCUCCAUCCGACGUCGACCGAGAAACUGCUUCGCGCGCCGCAAUUGACGCUCGCACCGCGGUUGCUGUUGCGCACGGCGCCGCUUACGGACGUGGAUUCUUCCAUGCAGCGAGCCGCGCCUGUACACGAUCCGGCGCUCGUUGAGACAGCGUCGACCGUCUUCUCGGUCCUGCAACGGGCGCUCAAUGAGCGCGUGAUGGCCGUCAUCGGUGUCCUCUUUGUCGUCGCGUCCAUGGCCGGGUCCGUCUCGUAUUUAAGCGUCUCUAGAGUCAAUUUGGCCAACGACCUUGGCUGGGCAACCUUCAACAUGACGGGUGCACACGCGUUCAUCGCCAACUGGUUCAACGAGCAGCUCGUCCUCGGCGCCAGUAACGUUGGAUCGAGCUUUCGUCUCGACAGCGGCGGCGUGGCAGCCACCACGUUUUACGGGCUCUCGACGGCCGCGGUCGUCUCGCCUGCGAAUUUUGGCGCCCGGCUACAGUACACGGAGCUCCAUACGCAAGUAGCGGCGACGAUUGCUGCGCUGCGCAGCAGCGACGGCUGCGACGCGCCGUGGAUCUUCACGCAGUACUGCUAUGUCGACUUUAAUCGCACGUGGUCGAUGGCGACCUCGAGCGCGCGCCAGCAGCGGUGUCGCUCCAUGACCAAAAAUGGAGCCGUGUACCUCGCGUCGAUCUUGCGCAACGUUGAAUGGACGUCGUUUCGCGACUGCUGGGGCGACGCGUUUGACAUGGCGAUUGGAAAGGCGCUCAUGGCGUCGAUGGAAGGCCAGGCGUGGCUUUCCACGACGGCGUCGCAGCCCCAUGGCAGCGUCGUAGACGAAGCCUUCUACUGGGCCUCCUACGGCAUCACAAGCUACACGACGCACUACGCGAUCCGAAACGCGCUCGGCGUCGUGUACCCGUUUACGCUGCAGUACCUCAACGGGUCGAUGCAAGUCGACUUUCAAUCGACGUUUAAAAUGUACUGGUCGCUCGCGACCGAUUGGACGCUCGUGUGCCACAACGCGUCGCUGCUCGCAGGGAAAAGCUGGGUCGUUGGCAGCAGCGUGUACGCCUUUGCCAACCACUCCAUGCAAGAUGCACUCGCGCAGCAUGGAACGAUUGCGCUACCUCUCACCAACGUGUUUACAGCCGCCACGACGACUUUGGGGCCGUUUGGAUCCGUCGACAUGAUGUACAUGGUCCCGCCGAUGGCUGUGUUGGACGACGUCCGCGCGCUCUUGAGCGCUAUUCGGGGGGCGCUCGCCGCCUCCGAGUCGGCACAGCGCGACUUCCUCGCCAUCCAGCCCGUGGAUGCGGUGCGCCCUGUCCCAAAAGCAUGGGCCGCCCUGCAUGUCAACUCGUUUGGCGGGUCGAUUCUGUGCCCGCAGACGGGUGACAGCGGCGACCAGCGCAUCGUCGCGGGCCUCAUCAACCUCUUUUCGUACAGCAUUGCAUGCUCGUCCAACGGUAUCUACACGCAAGUGCAGCCAAGUCGCGAGUUCAUCGUGCUCUCAACCUUGCUCGCCAACCUGUCGGAGCGUGGCACCAAUCUACCUGACAUUUGCACCCAAGAUGGAGGACACCAAGCGCACUGCGAAAGGUACCUCGCGGCGAGCGUCGCGUUCGUGUCGGCGCACGUGGCGUCACUGGAUAUGGACGCGAUCAGCAGCCGCUCGAUCCAGCGGAUCCAGGCGCUCAAGAUUGAGCUUAUGCAGUACGUGGGCGACAACAAGUCGGCGCCAAUGCGCGUGCUGCACCGCAACAUUCUCGACGCCAACGACCCGGCGUUUUACGUGUUUGGCUGGUGGUACCUCUGCGACUGGUUGUUUGGAACGCGCGAGGUCGUGUCCUUCCAAGGCGAUGUCCAUACGCUCAAUUUGCUCUCGGAAUACCUGACACCGUUCAGCGAGGACGUGGUGUCGUGGCAGUUUCCGAUCACGUUGGCCAACUAUGCGCGGGCGGGUGCGCUCUACGUGACCGUGGUCAUGAUCACGAUCUCGUCGCUCGUGUUUGUCUACUUUGUACUGAGCCGCGGCCGCAUUGAAGGCUGGAACAUGAUGGAAUUGAGUCGCGUCGGGGCCAUUGUCUGGGUCGGCCGUCCCUUGCUGCUCGUGCGCGGCUUGACAGCAAUUACGGUGCUCUCGACCGCGACGCUCGAGCUGCAGCGAUCGCAGUCGCUUCGUUUUGCAGCAACGCUGCUCGCGGCCGCCGAAGUCACGUGGCUCGUCGCCGUUGUCAACGACGUCGGGUUGAUUGCGACCCAUGGCUAUGCAUUCUACUAUGCGACACCCAAUAGCAUCCUGGCGUGGACCACCGUAUUCAUGUUGACGCGCAUCUCGCCCGUGACGCACGCCGCGUCGAUCGCGAAAUCCUGUGCCAUUGUGCGCGUAGAUUACCAAGUGGUCUGCAGUAGUGCCACUAUUGUCAUCGGGGACCUCGUGCGCCUGGUCACGUUGCUCGGUAUUGUCUUGUGUGCCAACAUGACAAGUUAUGCACUGAUUCGACACGUCUGCUCAGCGCCCAAGCUCACGCACGACUCGCUCUUCCUCUCAGCGGGAGCGAAAUUCCUCUUCACCGACGAGCACUGGGUCCAUGACGGCGUCUACUACCUCGAUCGCGCGUCCGCAGUGCUCAACGGCAUCCUCACGUUCCGACGUGCCCGGGUGAUUUACGCCCUGGACAUCAAGGUCUGGCGCAUCUUUGCCAUUGCAGUGCCAGAGACGCGCACCGUACCAACGAACCGCCGACUUGCGCGUGCAGCACGCUAUGCCCUGCCCCUCACCGACUAG